AUUGGUCGUGCCAUUCGAUUCAGUUGGGAAACCCGUCAUUCAUAAAUCAACCAAGAUGGCGGUCGGUUCCGCAGUAAAGGCCGAUCGCACUUGUUGUGUUAGUGCUCAUCUCGAAGUUUGAGUAUCAGUUCGUUCACUUUAUCUUGUUUUGUUCAGUUUUCUAAAGUAUGCUACAGUCGCCACUAAUCCAAAGAUAGGGAGACAGUGUUUGUUGUCAGAAUGGCAAAUACAAGGCGAAGAGUGAAGCUCUACGUUCUCAACGACGACCGACAGUGGGACGACAGGGGCACUGGUCACGUAUCGUCGUGUUAUGUGGAGAGAUUGAAUGGGAUGUGCUUACUUGUGCGAUCUGAAACGGAUGGUUCAAUUCUCUUGGAAUCCAAGAUUCAACUGGAUACUGCCUACCAGAAGCAGCAGGAGACCCUCAUUGUUUGGUCAGAGAAUGACAACUAUGACUUGGCACUCAGCUUUCAAGAGAAGGCAGGCUGUGAUGAGGUGUGGGAAAUCAUCUGUCAGAUCCAAGGCAAAGACCCCUCGGUGGACGUGACCCAGGACAUCAUCGAGGAGUCUGAAGAGGAGCGCUUUGAGGAGAUGCCUGAUGCAGCCACACCCAUCGAGCUCCCCCCAUGCGAGCUCAGCAAGCUGGAUGAGAUUGCAGAGCUAUUCAGCAAUGUGCUGCCCUCGCCUGUCCGGCGGGAGAAGCUGGCGGUGGCCCUGGAGAGCGAGCGCUACCUGCCCAAGCUGGUGGAGCUCUUCCGCAUGUGUGAGGACCUGGAGAAUGCCGAGGGCCUGCAGCACCUCUUCGAGAUUAUCAAGACCUCCAUCCUGCUGAACAAGAACUCACUGCUGGAGAUCCUGUUCAGUGACGACAUCAUCUACGACGUCAUUGGCUGCUUGGAGUACGAUCCGGCGGCCACGGCCGUCCACAAACACAGGGAGUACCUGAACUCCAAGGCCACCUUCAAGGAGGUCAUUCCCAUCGCUAACCAGGAGUUGUUGAACAAAAUCCACCAGACCUAUCGUGUACAGUACAUUCAGGACGUGAUUCUGCCAACCCCAUCUGUAUUCGAGGAGAACAUGCUCACCACCCUCAACUCAUUCAUAUUUUUUAACAAGUUAGAAAUUGUAGAGAUGAUACAGGAGGACGACCAGUUUCUUCCCGAGCUGUUCACGCAACUGACUGACGAGGCGACAGAGGACAAGAAGCGACGGGACCUAGUACUGUUUCUGAAGGAGUUCUGCAGCUGUGGGCAAGCAUGUCAGAACAGAGAUAAGUUCUUCAGGACGUUAUCCCACCUUGGUAUCCUGCCAGCACUGGAAGUUGUCAUGGGCAUGGAUGACAGCGAGGUGAGGCAAGCAGCCGUGGACAUCUUUGCCUACAUCGUUGAGUACAGUCCUUCCAUGGUCAGAGAGUUCAUCCUUCAAGAAGGCAAUGGGCAGGAGGAUGAUGUGACGCUGAUAAACCAGAUCAUUGAGCAGAUGAUAUGCGAUGCAGACCCAGACUUGGGCAGUGCUAUGCAGCUCAUGAACAUCCUUAGGAUUCUGCUGGACCCAGAGAACAUGAUGGCCACAGUAGCUGUUAGUAAGACAGAGAAGACCGAGUUUCUGAGUUUCUUCUACAAGCACUGUAUGCAUAUCCUGACAGCACCGUUACUGGCCAACACUGCUACUGACAUGCCCAGCAAAGAUGAUUACCAGACGGCACAGCUGUUGGGCCUGAUCCUGGAGCUCCUGACAUUCUGCAUAGAGCAUCACACCUACCAUAUCAAGAACUACAUCAUCUCCAAAGACCUGCUCAGGAGGGUGCUGGUCCUGCUGCAGUCCACCCACCAGUUCCUGGUCCUCUGUGCCAUAAGGUUGGUGCGGAAGAUGAUAGCAAGGAAAGAUGAGUUCUUCAACCGCUACAUCAUCAAGGGGAGCCUGAUGGAGCCAGUGGUGCGAGCGUUCAAAAACAACGGCAACAAAUACAACCUGUUGAACUCCGCCAUCAUUGAGCUCUUUGAGUUCAUCAGACUAGAGGAUAUCAAGUCUUUGAUAGUUCACAUUGAGGAGACGUACAGCAACGUGUUUGAUGCGGUGGACUAUGUCAGCACAUUCAAGGGGCUUAAGCUGAAAUACGAACAGCACCUAGACCGCAUGAACAACAAACCAAAUAUGGACAGUAUUCGACAGACGACCAUCCUCCAGAGCAAUCGGUACCGGCGGGACGCCCGCGCCCUAGACGAGGACGAAGAGCUGUGGUUCGACCGGGAGGAAGAGGUGGAAGACGCAGACGUGGUGGUGCCCAUGGCAGGGGACACUAUCAGUCCCUUCAGGUCGACCAUGGUGGAUGCUCAGCUGGACUCCAUCAACAGAUUCGUGGAGAGCAAGAAAGCUCAAGAGAGCACGAUUCUAAACAAAGAAACCCUGGCCAGCAAUGGUAGGCCAGCUAGCCCCGUCCGACCGGCCACUGGUGCCCUGUCCCGGACAGUGUCCACGCCAAGACCUGGCAGUCCGGUCAGUGCAGUCAAUGCGGUCAGUCCCAUCAGUGUGACUAGUCCGACAGGCAAGAAGUUGACAAGCGAAGAUACUCAGGAAACCUCAAAUACCAAAGCAGCUGCAGACCCCACGCCUGACAACACAACAUCCACAAAUAGCGUCACGACAAAGCAGGGAGGCGUGGUAGGACUGGUAGACUACCCCGACGAAGACUCUGAUGAGGAGGACGACGAUGUAGAACCGCCUUCCAAGCGGGCUCGCAUCGCCACCUAGCACCGGCCCACCUCCCCAACCCACCCACAAAACUGCAUCACACCGCCCCCUCAGCAUCAUGUCUCCCCUCCCCCUCCAGCCCUCCCCCUCCCUCCAGUCCCUUUCCAGCUUCAAUCAGCACUGCUGUUUCCUGUCCCUUGACGGUGACAGUCGUGGCCAACUUGAACUCAGGAACAUCUGUUGGUUUCAAUGGUCAUUUCAUCUUCCUCUCUUCAUUUCUUGGUUGGUGCUUCUAGGUGUAUUUAGUGACAACGUGGGAUUUGUUGAAAGGUGGGCAGUACAGAUGAGCCAUGCCAGUUGUGGUAAAAGACACUGAGCAUUUUUGUAGGCAUGGAAUUCUCGGUUCAGUUUGGGUCUAAAUUUGCAUUUGUAUUCACAUUGAAAAUGGUGUAGCAGCAGGCAGUAGGAUGUUUUUGUGCGGUUUUCUGGAUGAAGUCUAAAAUAAAAACAAGGGUUUAUUUAUGUCCUUCUCCUGGGCAACCAACAAAAUGUGAUGUGAUUAAUGCCACACAGAGAAACCUAACUACAUCCGACCCAAAGCAAAAUGCAUUUCAGUUCUGUGCCAGGCAGUAAAGUAUAUUUAUAGUCUGUUUUGUGGACUAUGCCUGCAAUAACCAGGCUUCACUUCUUGUCCAGAGUUGUAGCCUCUGACUAGGUCUUAUUGAAGCACAAAAGCUGGUUUGUACUUCAGAGAGUGAAGCUUGUCCCUCGUUAAGGUUUCAGUGAGUGUCUUUAUGAAUGUAACUGCAAAAGAUUAGCAAAUCUCUCCUUACUUCUUGCUUGCCCAUGAGUAACGGACCAUGUGCAGUGAUUCUGCAUUCCAAUGCUGGGGGAUGGCUGAGCCAAAGAAAAGCAAGAAGUGAUUGGAUGAUGGUCAAACAACAGCAGCAGACACUGCUAGGGGCAAGUUUAACCAAGGACCAUAGUUGGGUCAUUCCAUGAGGUUGGGGCACAAUUUGUGACAGUGUCAGUUGUCACAUUGGUUCUGUGAAAAUGAACAGC